AUGAUUGCUUCACAUUCAGAUGAAAGGAAAAAUGACUACGACGAGAAGGGUUCAUCGAACGACCAUCUGGCGUCAUCGACAAGCGCUCAGAUUUCAACCGUUCCUUUACGAGAGGUCUUCCGGAUUCAACAACACCAAGGAGGGUUGGAUGCGGCAAAUUUGGAUUCAGUUAGUCCAAUGCUGGACGAUGGAUCCCCGCAUGAAGCAAUCUCUCCUAUCUUGGACGACGACUUCGCUCAAGUAUCCGACGACAGAAGCAGUAGCAGUUCUGAAGACGAUUGCGAUGAGAUCGACGAGCAAAUGCGCAAUGACGAGGAUUUGCUUGAUUACUUCUCUCUCGCGCCGCCCGUCUAUUUCUUCACUUUCGAUCUUGCAUCUCAGUUACAGCAAAUUCUCGACUGCUCAACUGAUCUCUGCCUUGUUAAUCACGCGAAGAACAGGCCAACGACUCUUCAAGACAUUGUUGAUGGUGAAUUUUAUCAGAGACUGUUGAUUGCAGAGCGAGGAAACAACUUUCUCACGCUGACCAUGAACGUUGAUGGUGUCUCUCCGAAUCGAAGUUCUAGUCUCAGUAUAUGGCCAGUCUUCUUAGUGAUCAACGAAAUUGAAAAAGGCAAACGAUUUGCUCUGGAGAAUCUUAUCGUUGGAGGAAUCUGGCCGGGACCGUCUAAGCCCUCUCGUGAACAUAUGUUUGUGUUUCUCACUGAUAUCGUUGAGCAACUGAAAGUUCUCGAGAGAGGCCAGGUUUUCCACGUACAUUCUUCGUGUGGAUCAUCUCGCCGAAUAUCUCUCAAAGUGUUCUUGACCUCAUGUUGCUGCGACAAGCCAGCGCAAUGUCUUGUUCAACGAAUUGCCGAACCGAUUGCGAAAUUUGGCUGCGGUGCCUGCGAAAUCCAUGGGAUCUACAACUACGAAGGUCGAUGCAACACUUUUCCGAUGACUGAAGGAGACAGGCUGCGAAAGCGUGACAACAAACGGUAUGAUGAACUAUUACUUGUCUACGAAUCCAAUGCCAAAGAGCUGGCUGCAUUCAUCGAGAGAGGUACUCGUGGUCGGAAUAAACUCAUGAACAAACACAAGUUGUCAGUCAAAGGCAUCCAGGGGCCUUGCGUUCUACGGUCUCUGGCCUACUUCGAUGUCGGCUCAUCAUUUCUCGUGGAUAGUCUCCAUAACGUAUAUCUUGGAGUGUUUCGUCGUCUGCUUAACAUGUGGCUCAGUACAGCAUACCAAGAUCAACAAUGGUCAAUUCACGGUCAACUCGACAAACUCGAUAUGAUGUUAACCAAUGUUCAUUUUCCAUCGACAACCACACGUCUUCCUCGAUCUCUCGCCAAGUUUAACAAGUACAAGGGAAAUGAGUUUCGCUCACUUCUUCUCUUCGGCUAUUCUAUUUUCAACGGUGUUCUCGGUAGUCAGUACUAUUCGCAUUUCCUCAUAUUAGUUCUUAUCAUGCACAUUUCGGAAUCCCGCACCAUUCAGACUGAUUGGAUGGACAAUUUGCGACAUCUUUGCACUCAAUUCGUAUUGAUUUUUCCACGUCUUUAUACUGUCCGUCAUAACGUACAGGUUGUGCAUUCUAUCGCGCAUAUCCACGAAACCGUCAAAAGCUUCGGACCUCUAUCGAACUACUCAACGUUCAACUUCGAGAGUCUACUCGGUAGGAAGAAACUCGACAUCUAUCGGUUCACUAAUGGACGUCAUUGA